AUGCGACCUGGGUUGACUCCUACGGACGUGAUUUUGAGAAGUGCUGACAUGGCGAAAACUAUUUAUGACUCGAACAACGUGGAUAGAAACAGUUGCUACGAUGUGACUCCCCCUGACCAGCUGGAGCCAGGGCAGGAUAAACUCACGCCACUGGCGUUCGCGAGGCGCUUCAGCGCCGGUCCCGCCGCAUCUGGCGCCGACGACAUAGGCGUGGAGAGCGCAAAUAAGCCGGCCGAUAAGGCCGCUGCAGACAGUGGAACUGGCAUUGGCAGCGCGGAUAACAUCUACUUACAUCACACCAACGUGGGUUCCAACGUGCAUUCCGCCGCCGUCACCAUCGGCCUGAUCCACGCGCUCGCGCCGCUCCGCCCCGGAAUUGGCUACUUCCGCCCGAUCGACUGCACCACGCACGGCGGAAACCGCGCGGAGCUCAUGCGGAAAAUCUUCCGCCUAACCCCCCCCGUGCGGGACAUGUACGGCGUCACGCAGGACCGCGCGACGACGCUGCUACACGCGAAUCGCGUGGACGAUUUGCUCGACGACGUGCUGAUGUCAUACGAGCGGUGCCAGCGAGAACACGACUUCAUGGUUGUCGAAGGGACGUCGUUAAAAGACGGGACUAUCUCGGCGCCCGUGAAUGGGCUCAUCGCGUCCGCGUUAGGAGCGCCCGCGAUACUGCUAACCGACGCGCGAGUUGCUGCGGAAUGCGUCCACCCGACAUUCAGCAUGGAAGAGAUCGACUGGGAGGCGGACGCGGCGCAGAGCAUGCUGGACCACGCGCGCAUCCUACGGAGCACGCACGUCCACGUGGCAGGCUCCUUAAUCUACCGCGCGCCGCCCAAUAGUAGCUUCAGCACUAGCACCAGUACUAGCAGUAGCAGUAUCCGUGGUGCAACCACCGCCACUGGUAGCAACGCUAUUAUUGGAGAACGUACCUCCUCUCGCGGCUCACUCCGCUCCUCCCCCCACUCCGCGGCCCCCCGCUCCCGCUCCCGCUCCCCCCCUCGCUCCGCCCACCCCCUCCGCUUCCCCUCCCGCUCCGCCUCCCGCGCCGCUUCCCGGUCCGGGCCGCGCCUGAGUGACUAUAUCGAAGCCCACUCGCGCUCCCAGGCGUAUAUCCGCCCGUCAGAGCAUCACCAGCAUCAGCCAAUCCCGGUGCUCGGGAUAAUGCCAGAAGAUUCCUCGUUACAGUCACUCUCGGUAGAGGAACUGAGGCGGGCUGUUCUGGGGGAAGUGUUAUAUGGGCCGCAAUCUGCCUUAGCUGCGGCUGGACUGGCGGGAAUGGCGGGAAUGGCGGGAACGAGGAGCAUCAGCAUAAGCCGCAGCCGCAGCCGCAGCAGCAGCAGCAGCAGCAGCUACGUUUUCAGAAUUCCCGCAAUGACUCCAGCUGUCGCAGCUACGUCCCGCCACGUCAGCGGCAGCCAUGACACGUCAGAACCCAGCAUGUACCACGUCAGCAGCCAGCUGGGAAUGGGGCCUAAGGCGCCACAGAUGGAUGUGACUAAAACGAUCGUGGCGACAGCGCCGUUUCACGAGCUCGUGGAUGAAAUCCCGAGCGCGUGUGACUAUAACGAGAACGGGGUGUACAGUGGCAGUAACGAGGGCGGAGUGUGCAUUGUAACGCACGCGAGCGACACGGACGUGCUCCUGGGGGCAAUGCAGCUCAGCCAGGCGAAAGCUGACAAGCGGGUGGCGGCGGUUGUCCUAUCUGGUGGUACACCACCAACUCUCACCAUCGACCACAUGAUAAGGACUACCAACCUGUCUGCCGCGCUCCCGGUCCUCCUCUCCCCACUCGACCCGCACGUCAUCUGUCUCUCAAUCGCCCGCGCCCAGACCUCCCUCCACGCCUCCUCCCCUGCCAAAAUCCGCCGCGCCCGCGACCUUUUCCAAGAACACGCCGACACGCCCUCCAUCCACCGCAUCCUCUUCCAGGAAGCUUCCUCCGUGCACCACCCCGCGCACGUCACCCCGCGCGUCUUCGAGUGCGGGAUUUUCUCCCGAGCCCGGGAGGCUCAAUCACACGUGGUUCUAGCAAAGGGGGCCGAGCCCAAGGUGGUGCAAGCAGCAGGGGAGGUUCUGAGGAGAUCGCUAUGCAAGCUAACUCUUCUCGGGAAUCCCGAGGAGGUGCUUUUGCAGGCGAAGAAUCAGUGCGUGGAUCUAUCCGGAGCUAAUAUUGUCGAUCCCGGAGCUAGCCCGGACCUGGACCGGUACGUGGAGUUGAUUUGCCAGGCACAGCUGGAGCGGGGGGUGACGAUGAGCGUCGAGGAGGCUCGGCGGCUGCUGCUUUCCGACCCUGCGUCGUUUGGUUCGGCAAUGGUUGCCGCGGGGAAGGCGGACGGCAUGGCGGUUGGUGGGAUUCGGCCGGAGGGGAACGGGAGGAUAGUGCGGGGGGUGAUCAAGACGCGCCCGGAAAUGCCCGUGGUUUCGGGGGUAGUUUUCAUGUGUCUCCCAGAUAAAGUGCUGGUUUAUGGAGACAGCGCGGAAAAUACCCUUCCUCUGAUUGGCUCCAACUCCACAGCUGUGGCGCCGAGCCUGGGCGCUUCGGCGCCGACCAAUGGGAGCGCGGGGAACGGGCUGGCCACUGCUGAUCCGACGGCUGAGGAGCUUGCGAUGAUCGCCAUGUCAUCGGCUGACACGGCGGCGGCCUUUGGCGUGGAGCCACGUGUCGCGCUGCUGUCCGCGCAAUCAAACCAGCAGGGCGCUUCUCGAGGUCAUCUUGCGGAGAGAAUAGAAGAGGCAGCACAUAUAGUGAAGGAGCAAAGACCCGACUUAGCAGUCGAGGGGCCGCUUCCGUAUGCAACCGCCGUGGGUGACAAAAAAAAGAGCGGGUCUGUUUUAUUUGAUAACUCGGACGUCGCAGGGAAAGCUACAGUGCUUAUUUUCCCCGAUAUGCACAGCAGCACGGAUAUGUACAAGCAGCAACGGACGUCGGGAGGUGUAGCGAUGGGGACUGUUUUGCAGGGAUUGAGGCGGCCUGUCAGUGACGUGACAAAUAGCGAUACUGUGAGGGACCUGGUUACCACGAUUGCCAUUACUGGUGUGCAGGCAGCUACCAUGGCAGCUGGUCCUGGUACAUCUUCAUGUUAG